AUGGACGCCAAAGAGAUCAACCCCAGCCCUGUCCCCCUGGGCCGGACAGACACGAUCCAAAGCAUCAACCUCAGCAUGGAGAUGUUUGAGAAGCUCUACCUCUCCCCCCAGAACAGGGUCAAGGGCGACCUUCGCAAGACGUUUGCCAACCCGACUCCAUUGCCUCUUCUCGGCUUUCUCGUCGCGUCCUUCCCUCUGGCGUGUGCGUUGAUGGGCUGGCGUGGCGCUGGCGGCGGCGGCGCAGCCUCCAUCGGAGCAUCCUACUUCUUCGGAGGCUUGCUCCAGCUCAUAGGCAGCUUCCUCGAGUGGAUCCUGGGGAAUACCUUUCCCUUUGUGGUCUUUGGCUCCUUUGGUGCUUUCUGGCUGGCCUUUGGCGCCACACUGACGCCGUACUUCAAUGCCGAGGGCGCAUUCACCGCCGGUGCCACGACUGUGGCGGAGAAGGCAGCGGGAGCGGCGUCCUUUGAAUCGAGCUUGGCCUUCUUCCUCCUCGCCAUCGGCAUCCUGGUCUUUCUGUACCUGAUCUGCUCCCUCCGCACCAACGUUGCCUUUUUCCUUAUUUUCUUCCUGCUGGAUCUCGCCCUCUUCCUCCUCACGGGGGCUUACUGGAGAGCCGCGGCCGGCGAUGGCCAGGGCUUUGAAAAUCUCGCAAAGGCCUCGGGCGCGUGUGUGUUUGCCAUGUGCAUCGUCGGCUUCUACCUCCUCUUUGCCCAACUUUUGGAGGCGGUGCAGUUCCCCCUUCACCUGCCCGUCGGGGACUUGAGUCACCUCGUCCGUGCCAGGGCGCCACAGUCCGCAGCCACGGAUGUAGAGAAGGGCGAGUAA